CCCAUAGCGACAUAGCCCCAUCUCCGCCCCCACGAUAAAACCCAAGCCCCCCGCCAUCGACUGCUCAUUUUUCAUCAUAUAUACUCCUAAGCAAAUACAAAACGAGGAACCCUAAGCAGUAGCAGCCUCCUCCUCUUGUCUAUCCCUCUUCCCAUCCCUUAAGCAGAAAAAACCGCGGGGAGUGGCAAAUGGCGCAGUCGCUGGAGCUUCUGCUGAUUCAAUUUCUUAUGCCGGACAAUGACGCCCGUCGGCAGGCGGAGGACCAGAUUAAGCGGCUGUCAAAGGAUCCGCAGGUGGUCCCGGCGCUAAUCCACCACCUCCGCACGGCCAAGACCCCUAACGUCCGCCAGCUCGCCGCUGUUCUCCUCCGCAAGAAAAUUACCGGGCACUGGGGGAAGCUAACACCGCAGCUCCGCCAGCUAGUUAAGCAAUCACUCAUUGAGAGCAUCACUGUGGAACACAGUCCACCGGUAAGGCGUGCUAGUGCGAAUGUGGUGAGCAUCAUUGCAAAAUAUGCUGUCCCAUCUGGGGAAUGGCCUGAUUUGUUGCCAUUUCUGUUCCAGUGCAGUCAAAGUGCUCAGGAAGAGCACAGAGAAGUUAGUCCAUUGACGUUCAACCUGAUCUUGACCAUUUCUUUUUGUUAUAUGAUUUUUUAUGCGAGUUUUUGUCAAAGUACAUGUUACCUUGUAAGAAUCUCGGCAGUGUGUACUAGCAAUAUUCAUGGCAUGAACAGAUAUCAAAAUAUUCAGUUAGAUUUCCCUUUUGACAAGCUAAACUUGAUGUCUGUGGCCUUGAUACUCUUCAGCUCCUUGACUGAAACAAUUGGGAAUUCAUUUCGACCAUAUUUCACAGAUUUGCAGUCUCUGCUACUCAAGUGCUUACAAGAUGAAACCAGUAAUCGCGUUAGAGUUGCUGCUCUCAAGGCAGUUGGUUCCUUUUUGGAGUUCACUCAUGAUGAGGCAGAAGUGAUUAAGUUUCGAGAGUUUAUUCCGAGCAUUUUGAAUGUAUCAAGACAAUGUCUUGCUUCUGGUGAAGAGGAUGUAGCUGUGAUUGCUUUCGAAAUAUUUGAUGAGUUAAUUGAGUCACCUGCUCCUCUUCUUGGGGAAUCUGUAAAAGCCAUUGUUCAGUUUUCUCUUGAAGUUUGUGCGAGUCCUAAUCUGGACUCUAACACACGCCAUCAGGCUAUUCAAAUUAUUUCAUGGCUUGCAAGAUAUAAAUCAAGUUCCCUCAAAAAGUACAAGUUGGUUGGGCCUAUCUUGCAAAUUAUGUGCCCUUUGCUUGCAGAAUCAACUGACCGAGAUGAAGAUGAUGAUCUUGCACCCGAUCGAGCUGCUGCUGAAGUUAUUGAUACAAUGGCUUUAAGUCUGUCAAAGCAAGUGUUUCCUCCUGUUUUUGAGUUUGCUUCUCUAAGCAGUCAGAAUGCCAAUCCAAAGUUCAGGGAAGCUUCAGUUACAGCUUUAGGUGUUAUUUCAGAGGGUUGUGGGGAAUUGAUGAAAGACAAACUGGAACCUGUCCUCCAUAUUGUCUUGGGAGCUCUUAGAGAUCCUGAACAAAUGGUUCGUGGGGCUGCAUCUUUUGCACUUGGUCAGUUUGCGGAACAUCUGCAGCCUGAGAUUUUAUCUCACCAUGAAAUUGUUCUUCCAUGUAUUUUGAAUGCCGUUGAGGAUUCAUCUGAUGAAGUUAAGGAGAAGUCAUAUUAUGCCCUGGCGGCAUUUUGUGAGAACAUGGGAGAAGAGAUACUUCCUUUUCUGGAUCCUUUAAUGGGAAAGUUACUUGGUGCCCUCCAAAGUAGUCCACGUAAUUUGCAAGAGACAUGCAUGUCUGCUAUUGGUUCAGUUGCGUCUGCAGCAGAGCAGGCUUUUGUUCCAUAUGCUGAGAGGGUACUUGAGUUGAUGAAAAUAUUUAUGGUGCUUACAAAUGAUGAGGACCUCAGGGCACGAGCAAGGGCAACUGAGUUGGCAGGAAUAGUUGCAAUGUCUGUUGGGAGGGCGAAAAUGGAACCAAUUUUACCUGCCUUCAUGGAAGCUGCAAUCUCUGGUUUUGCUUUAGAAUACAGUGAGCUUCGGGAAUACACUCAUGGAUUCUUCAGCAACGCUGCGGAACUUUUAGAAGAUGGUUUUACCCAGUAUCUUCCCCAUGUAGUUCCUCUGGUUUUUUCCUCCUGCAACCUUGAUGAUGGCUCUGCUGUGGAUAUUGAUGACUCUGACGGAGAUGAAAAUGUCAAUGGAUUUGGUGGUGUCUCAUCUGAUGAUGAAGCGCAUGACGAACCUCGAGUACGUAAUAUUAGUGUAAGAACAGGUGUUUUGGAUGAAAAAGCAGCUGCUACUCAAGCUCUGGGCUUAUUUGCUCUUCACACGAAGAGCUCCUAUGCUCCGUAUAUUGAGGAGUCUUUGAAGAUUUUAAUUAGACACUCGACAUACUUUCACGAGGAUGUUCGUCUCCAGGCAAUAAUUUCACUGAAAUAUAUUUUGACGGCUGUGCAAGCAGUUUUACAGAACAAUAAUGAAGGAAUUGCAAAGACAAAAGAGAUUCUUGAUACUGUGAUGAAUAUUUACAUUAAAACAAUGUCCGAAGAUGAUGAUAAGGAAGUUGUCGCUCAGGCCUGCAUGAGCAUUGCUGAGAUAAUCAAGGAUAUUGGAUACAUGGCUGUUGAGCCUUACAUGCCUCAACUAGUUGAAACAACUUUGAUAUUGCUUCGUGAGGAAUCUACUUGUCAGCAGAUAGAGUCGGACAGUGAGAUUGAUGAUGAUGAUACUGUACAUGAUGAAGUGCUCAUGGAUGCGGUUUCUGACCUCCUUCCAGCAUUUGCAAAGGCAAUGGGUGCUCAAUUUGCUUCUAUUUUUUCACAGCUGUAUGAGCCAUUGAUGAAAUUUGCGAAACAAUCACGCCCACCACAAGAUAGGACAAUGGUUGUUGCAACCCUUGCAGAAGUUGCCCAGCAUAUGGGUGCUCCAAUUGCUGGCUAUGUUGAUGCUGUAAUGCAUCUUGUACUCAAAGAAUUGGGAUCUCCACUGGCAACCAAUAGGAGAAAUGCCGCAUUUUGUGUGGGUGAGCUGUGCAAGAAUGGAGGCAAUUCUGUGUUGAAAUACUAUACUGAUGUUUUAAAUCGCCUUUAUUCAUUAUUUGGAGAGUCUGAGCCUGAUAAUGCCGUGAGGGACAAUGCAGCUGGUGCUGUGGCAAGGAUGAUUAUGGCUCAUCCUGAGUCCAUUCCGUUGAACCAGGUCUUACCUGUAUUCUUGCAAGUGCUUCCUUUAAAGGAGGACUACGAAGAAUCAACAUCAGUCUAUGGAUGCAUCUGCAAUCUAGUUUUAUCUUCUAAUUCACAGAUACUUCCUUUUGUUCCACAGCUGGUUAAUAUAUUUGCUCAGGUGGCUGUAUCAUCUGUUGAAAGUCCUGAAAUUAAGGCACAUAUAGGCAGGGCAUUCUCCCACCUGUUAUCACUUUACGGCCACCAGAUGCAGCCCAUCUUGGGCAGUCUUUCACCUGUGCAUGCUAAUGCUUUAGCGGCUAUUGCACCUAAGAGUUGAGACAUUGUGUAUGAUCCUUCCCCAGUUGCUAGCUUCCAAUGUGGUUAAUCCCGCUAGAUCAAAUGAUGGUGAGAAUUUGAUUUUCAUAGAAAGAUUUUUGUUUUUGUUGGGUUGCUUCCCGUUUGCUUCCGCUCCCCCAUUUCUCCAGUCCAGGGAUGUAUCAUCCCCUCAAUUUUGGUGUGUAUUUUGUGUGAUGUCCCUUCCAUUGUUUGAAUGUUUGGGUGGUGUUAUUUUACGAGUGGCGCAGAUAUAGUAGCUUAAAACCAUGUAAUGGGUGCUUCUGUUGCUCAUUCCAUAUGUGUGCAGAGGCUUUUGUUUUCUUAGAAUUUAUUCUUUUGUUUCGAGGUUUUUCAAAUUUAUAAAACCUAGUCAUUUGGGUCAAUUAUGUAUGUAAUACAAACGUGUACAAGUACAAGAGAAAGAAUUUUUACGUUUAUA